CACGGCUAAAGACCUUUGGGAUGAGCUGGAUAGGAAAUAUAAUACUGAUGACCACGGUCUCGAAAAGUAUAUUGUUUCCAAAUUCUUGAGAUUCGACAUGAAGGAGGGAAAAUCUGUUUUAGAACAAACACAAGAAUUUGAGCUUAUCUUACAUUCUCUCCGUGAAGCAGAUAUGGAAUUGCCUGAAAAAUUUAAAGUCAUGGCUGUAAUUGAAAAAUUCCCCAAAUCGUGGGAAGAUUUUGGUUUGACUUUAAAACACAAAAUGAAAAAGAUAACUUGGAAAUCUUUGAUGCAUUCCAUUACUGUUGAGGAAGAACAUAAGAAAGCGGGUUACAUUGUUCCUGUUGAAUUUCAGCCAAAGGCUCAUGUUGUAACCG